CGGGACGGGCACCGGGAGCGGCUCCGGCUCCGCCUGGGCCCGGGACGCGCCGGAAUCGCGUCACGCCGCGAGCCCAGCGCCGGGAGUGACGUCGGGGCCGGGCAUGGAGCCGGCGGCCGCCGAGCACCGGCAGCAGCUCCGCAGCCUGCGGGAUUUCCUGCUGGUCUACAACCGCAUGACCGAGCUGUGCUUCCGCCACUGCGUCUGCAACCUCAACUACCGCCUGCUCACCGGCCGCGAGGAGAGCUGCCUGGAGAGCUGCGCCGCCAAGCUGGUCCACGCCAACCACCGCCUGGUGCGAGCCUACGUGGCGCUGAUGCCGGGCAUCGUCCGGCGCCGAGCCGCCGCCGCCGAGCGCAGCGCAGCGGGGACCGGGGCGCCCGGGGCCUCUCCGGACCCGGCAGCGACAGACGCUCCGGGAGCCGACACGUAGCGCGGCCGCGGCCCGGGGCACCUCGGACGGCGCGGACCGGCCCCGCGCUGCAGCGGCGGGUCGCUGUGUGCCGAGGCUGUGUCUGUGGUGUCUGCGGCGCCGGGCCGUGCCGUGCCGUGCCGUGCCCAGGGGGGCCGCGGGGGGCCGGCAGCGCCUGCCCUCGCCAGGGAGCUCCCACGCUGCUGAGGAGCAAAUCCCCAGCGCUAAUAAACUGUCUCUUUGUGA